AUGAAGAGCGCCUUGAUCGCCGCGGCCGCCCUCGCCGGCUCCGCACAGGCCGGAAUUCACAAGAUGAAGCUCCAAAAGAUUCCUCUUGCUGAGCAGCUGGUCGGUGCUUCUUUCGAGGCCCAGGCUCACCAGCUUGGUCAAAAGUACCUCGGUGCCCGCCCUGCCAGCCGCGCCGACAUCAUGUUCAACAACCAGGUUGCAGAGUCCAAGGACGGCCACCCCGUUCCCGUUACCAACUUUGCCAACGCUCAGUACUUCUCCGAGAUUACCAUCGGUACACCUCCCCAGACUUUCAAGGUCGUCCUCGAUACUGGCUCCUCCAACCUCUGGGUUCCAUCUCAGUCGUGCAGCAGCAUUGCCUGCUUUCUCCACUCCACAUACGAUUCGUCCUCCUCUUCCACAUACAAGAAGAACGGCUCCGACUUUGAGAUUCACUACGGUUCUGGCAGUCUGACUGGCUUCGUCUCCAACGACGUAGUUUCGAUUGGUGAUCUCACCAUUAAGAACACAGACUUUGCCGAGGCCACCAGCGAACCUGGCCUCGCCUUUGCCUUCGGCCGCUUCGACGGUAUCCUGGGUCUUGGCUAUGAUACCAUCUCCGUCAACAAGAUGGUCCCUCCCUUUUACCAGAUGAUCAAUCAAAAGCUUAUCGAUGAGCCCGUCUUUGCUUUCUACCUGGGUUCAGAGGAUUCAGGCAGCGAGGCCAUUUUUGGCGGCGUUGACAAGGAUCACUACGAGGGCAAGAUUGAAUAUAUUCCCCUCCGCCGCAAGGCUUACUGGGAAGUUGAUUUUGACGCCAUUGCCUUUGGUGACGAGGUUGCUGAGCUCGAGAACACUGGCGUCAUCCUGGACACGGGCACGUCCCUCAACACUCUUCCCACCGACCUUGCUGAGCUUCUCAACAAGGAAAUUGGUGCCAAGAAGGGCUUCGGUGGCCAGUAUUCCAUUGACUGCAAAGCCCGCGACUCUCUUCCCGACAUCACCUUCACCCUUGCCGGCUCCAACUACACUCUGCCCGCCAGCGACUACAUUCUGGAGCUUGGUGGUAGCUGUGUUUCUACCUUUACUCCUCUGGACAUGCCCGAACCCGUCGGUCCUAUUGCUAUUCUUGGCGAUGCCUUCCUUCGUCGCUACUACAGCGUCUACGAUCUCGGCAAGGGCGCCGUUGGUCUUGCUAGGGCUAAAUAA